AUGCCUCCGACAGCGAGUCCACUGACGAUGGGCUCCCAAUCAAGAUCACACGCCGUCGCAGCCCACAUCCUUCUCAGCGGCGGCAUCACUGGCAUCGUCUGCAUGGCACCGCACAACUAUUGCGGCUGGGAAUCGGGACUGAGCAUCGAGCACCCUCCAAUCCACCACGGCCGGUGUCGGAGGCUGUCAACUGAGAUCAUAAUGAACGGGCAUCAUUCGGACAUCUGCCAUGGCCAGAGAUACACCGAGGCCUGGAUGUGGGAAGGGCCGAUUGCAAACGCCGGCUGGUGUCGGGUGGCUGUUGAUGCCGCCAAUAGAGUCCCGCAGGCCAUCAACCUCAAGGCCUGA